CGGGAAGUUCAUAAACGAACAUCGGGACGGAUAUACAAGCCCUGGAAUUUAAAUAUCGAUUACCGCUUUAUCGUGCUAAGAAUUAUCAAUUUGUUCUGCGAAGCCGGUCUGUUGAAGUGUGAAAAAUGGAAACCCCAAACUUGCUUGAUUUGCCUUUUGAGGUUCUCGAUUUGAUAUUUAAAAACUUGAAUGAUUUUGACAAGUGGCAGCUGGCAAAAGUUAAUAAAAAUUUGGGGAGAGCUUUUGCUUUCCAUAUCCGAGAUAAAUAUGAACGCGUUUCGAUCCACAAUUCUUCAUCGCGGUUCUUAGAGACUAUACUGCCGUUAUGCGGAUCAACUGUUCGUCACAUUGAGGCUACAAACUGCUUUAAUUCAUAUAGGUCACUAGCCUGGCUAAUAGAGAACAAUUUCGAGAAUUUGCAAUCCUUAACAAUAGAUAUAGAUUUUAAGAAAAAAUCCUAUAUGAAGAGGUUCCUGAGGUCUGGAGUAAAAUUGCAAUCAGUCGAAAUUCAUGUUCGUAUUGAUUUUAAAUUCUUGUCAAAAAUAAUUGGCACAUUAAUGGGACAUCCCCGCUUGAAAGGCUUAGACCUAUAUAACAUUUACAAGGGACUGGGUCGACUUGUCAAGCAAUUUACUGAUUUGGAAGUUUUGAAACUGGAUUUUUCACCCAUUCAAGAAAUGAUAAAUAUUUUUGAAGUUUGCGUUCCUCUCAACAGACUUCGAAAUUUAAAAAUUUCGUCAGCGGAAAUACAAUUUAUAAUUGAUGACCAAGAAUUUGAGGCCUUGGAAACGAUCGAAAUUAAAUGUUGCUUUAUUUCCACAAAAACUUUGCCGUUCUUCAAAAGUCUUAAAACGAUUUGCUUUGAAUCAAAUUUUACAUAUGAAGAAAUGGCUCUCCCAUGGAUAUUAAAACACUCGAAUACCUUAGAAAACCUUACAACGGACAUAAGAGAUAUUCAUACUGACGAUUUCUUUAAACUUAUUAAAAGCUGCCGGAAACUUCGCUACUUCUACCUUAAAGUGGAUAUCAAGAAUCUUCUGUCAACGGGAUUUAUUACUACGUUCCUUGACAUUUUGCAGGAAAAUGGAAUCGACUCAAAUAACCCAUUUCAAUUGGUUACAAAGAAGAUUACCUUCGACGCAAUGAAAUCAUUUAUGCCAAACACCCCAACUUCAAAAUUACUGGACUUGUAUUUUUUUUGAACAUUUUUUCACUUUAAAUUUUGUGUUGAAAUCCAAUGUGAUUAAUCACAAGUCUUUUAAUUUGCAAGAAAUAAUGUAAUAAUUGCAUGACAAUUUUUGAAAAUGUAAUCAUUCUUUGUAAAGUACUCAUUUAAAAAAAUUUCAAGAGAACUAUUACCUUUUUAAUUUUAAAAUUCAAGAAAGAUUGACUGCCUAUAGAUAAAAAUGGCCGAGUCUUAAGCAUCAUCAAAAUUAAUAUCUUAAACUGUUGUUUUGGGACGAAAUGAACAAUCAAAUAUCUUACAUGUAUUAUUUGACAACUCAUAAACUCAUUGUUAAAGUAAGGA